CACGGAACCCGCAGCGGACGCCGUACUGAGGGACCGAGGCGCCGCGGAGGUCCCGCGAAACCACGGACGUGCGGGCCCUACGCCUGCCAGGGGGACGGGGUGCGCCGCGAGAGUCCCCACAGACCAGUGGGCGCGUCCUGAGUGCUGUGCCCCCUCAGGAACGUCUGACCUCGGCUGCUCGUCCUGAGAAGCAGUUCGCUCUCCCGUCCGCUGCCGCCCAGACCCGCGGACCCCCGACCUCGUGUCCACUCCGGCGCCCCAGCCCCACUCCCUUCUGCGGCGCCGGCUCAGUCCCCGAGCCUUUCACGCGUGGAGUCCGCGCUUCCGUCUCGGCGCUGCUAGAGGUGCCGGCCUCGUCGCGCCCCCAGGAGGGAAGCCCCAGCGCUGUGCCGCCGCCCCACGGUCCUAGGGGCGUUCUUGGGCCGGGACGCCCCUGAAACCACCCGCUGGAGAAGCCUGGCUUUGUUCUCCUAAAGCCGCUGCCUCCCUGCAGUGAAAAGAGCGUUGGCUCUGCCCCGGGUUUCACUCUGCCUGACCUGCUGUCCCUCCCAGUGCACCGGCACCCCCCGAUGGCCGGGCAGGUGAGUGCGCCUCGCGGCUUCCCAAGCCUGGGCUGCCGGGCCAAUGAUGCCAACGCAGACUGGAUGGCAGCGCUCUGCCCGCGGCUCUGGGACCUCCCGCUGCACCAGCUGGCCAUCCCAGGCAGCCACGACACGAUGACCUACAGCCUGAACAAGAAGUGCCCCAUCUCGAAGACAGAGUCCCGGCUGCUGCAGCUGCUGGGCCGGCUGCUGCCCUGCCUCACGCAGCCCGUGGUGCUCAAGUGGUCGGUCACCCAGGUGCUGACGGUCACGGAGCAGCUGGACGCGGGGGUGCGCUACCUGGACCUGCGGAUCGCGCACAUGCAGGACGGCUCGGAGAAGAACCUGCACUUCGUGCACAUGAUGUACACGACCGUGCUGGUGGAGGACACGCUCACAGAGAUCUCCGAGUGGCUGGAGAGCCACCCCCAGGAGGUGGUCAUCCUGGCGUGCAGGAACUUCGAGGGCAUGACGCAGGACCUGCAUGAGUACCUGGUCACCUGCAUCAAGAACAUCUUUGGGGACAUGCUGUGUCCCCGAGGGGAGGUGCCGACGCUGCGGCAGCUGUGGGCGCGCGGCCAGCAGGUGCUCCUCUCCUACGACGACGCGGGCUCCGUGAAUCGGCACCGGGAGCUGUGGCCGGACGUGCCCUACUGGUGGGCGGACCAGGUGAAGCCUGAGAAGCUCAUCCGCUACCUGGAGCACAUGAAGAGCUGCGGCCGCCCAGGCGGCGUGUUCGUGGCCGGCAUCAACCUCACCGAGAACCUGCAGUACAUCCUGGCGCACCCGGGCCAGUCCCUGAGGAAGCUGACGCUGCCCAACCUGCCGCGCCUGACCGCGUGGGUGCGGGAGCAGAGCCCGGGGCCCGGCCCGCGCUGCGUCAACGUCAUCGCGGGCGACUUCAUCGGCUCGGACUCCUUCGUCAGCGACGUCAUCAGGCUCAACGAGAAGCUGCUCGGCUGCUGAGCGCGCGUCCUCCCUCGAGCUCGCAGGCC